AUGGUAUUCUCUUUGAUCAUUCUUUCUUCUCUUUUUUAUCAACUGUCUCUUCACUUUUGCUCAUGGUACUCUCUUUUGAUUCUUUUCUUCUCUUUUAUCAACUGUCUCUUCACUUUUUGCUUAUGGUACUCUCUUUUUGAUUCUUGCUUUAUUCUCUUUUAUCAACUGUCUCUUCCCUUUUUGCUUAUGAUACUCUCUUUUGGAUUCUUGCUUUCUUCUCUUUUAUUAACUGUCUCUUCUCUUUUUGCUCAUGGUACUCUCUUUUGGAUUCUUGAUUUCUUCUCUUUUAUCAACUGUCUCUUCACUUUUUGCUUAUGGUACUCUCUUUUGGAUUCUUGCUUUCUUCUCUUUUAUCAACUAUCUCUUCACAUUUUGCUUAUGGUAUUCUCUUUUGGAUUCUUGCUUUCUUCUCUUUUAUCAACUGUCUCUUCCCUUUUUGCUUAUGGUACUCUCUUUUGGAGCCUUGUUUUUUCUCUUUUAUCAACUGUCUCUUCCCUUUUUGCUUAUUAUGGUAUUCUCUUUUUUGAUUCUUGCUCUUUUUUUUCUUCUCGAUUCUUGCUUUCUUUUAUCAACUAUCUCUUCACUUUUUGCUUAUGGUACUCUCUUUUGAUUCUUCUUUCUUCUCUUUUAUCAACUGUCUCUUCACAUGGUACUCUCUUUUUGCUUUUUAUGUCUCUUCUUUUUUGA